CAAAAACUCGUUCAUUGCGCUCUCCGACCUGCAUCACCUUUGGUCCCCGACUUUGACUUGGCUACCCUACAUUUUUUCAUAAUGCGCUACUUUUUAACUCUCAGUCUCAUACUUCCAUCUGUGCUCGCAGCACCUUUUAAAUUCUCCACCCACCACCAACAUGUAUCACCCUCCUGCGUCAUCGCAGGCGUCGCUUAUCCAAACCCUCGUCACGCCCCCGUCCUCCUUGGCAAACAAGAACCCAGCCCUCCCACCGGAGACUCUGAGCACGCUUUCACCGACUACCUACUCUUUAUUUUAUUUGCUCAUCUUUACCUUUAUGUCAUGUUUCGGAUUGCAUUCGAUGAUGACUUCCCACUCUUAUCAGAGAAUGACAGCAUACUUGACACAACCACUCCAAGAGGUGCUCCUCCAGCGUACAGUGAUCAAAAUGCUAGCUCUCCCACUGUUGCUAAUCCUUCGACGACUCCUGUGACUACUACUUCACCUGCCCCAUCUCCUUCAAAGACUCAUGGAAGUACUACAGCUGGGCCCACGUCGACUGGUACUCCCCCCGGCAGCGACUCGGACCCUCAUGGAACUUCGGCCAACACUGCGGGAAGCCCUCCCUAUGGAAACGCAGCUUCCUUUGCGGAUUCGGAGACAACACUGGCACAGUCCGACUCAUCUGCGUUUGACACACCAAUACCCCAAGGUAUGACAGCCGGCUUCUCCAGCCCUGUCAUGGACAGCAGCGUAUCCGACAGCUUUGGCGACUUGUCUGGCACCACGAGCGACGCGUUCGACAGCCUUGACAACGCACCGGUCAAUGAUACCGAGGAAGGAGAAUUUGUCGCUAUGAAUGCUCAAGGCGGUGUCUAGGAAGAUGAGACUUGUGAUGGUCAUGUAUGGCUGAUUCUCUUGUCGAUAGCCAUGCAAAUAAACGCGGUUUAACUAUAAUAUUAGUUCAUCAGAAGAUUCGUGAAGCUAUACUGCCACUUGGCCCCGCCAUUCUAUCCCACUGCAUGUUUCCAAACUGCUAAAAUUGACAUUGAUGGCCUAAAUAUAC